CUCAUUUUCUCUCAAAAUCCUUUUAAUUUUCAAGUUAAACAAAGAGAAGAAAAAAAUGGCGACUAAAAUGGCCGGGGCAGCAAUGAAUUUAGCAAAGAGAGAGUCGUCAAGUUUGUGUGGGAAGCUAGAGACAGAUAUUGAAAUCAAAGCUUCAGCUGGGAAGUUCCAUCACAUGUUUGCUGGGAGACCACACCAUGUCUCCAAAGCAACUCCAGGGAAAAUUCAGGGUUGUGAGCUGCAUGAAGGUGACUGGGGCAAAGUCGGCUCUAUCGUCUUCUGGAAUUAUGUUCAUGAUGGAGAGGCAAAGGUGGCAAAAGAAAGGAUCGAGGCAGUGGAGCCGGAGAAAAACCUGAUCACUUUUAGGGUGAUAGAGGGAGACUUAUUAAAAGAGUAUAAAAGCUUUGUGAUCACAAUCCAAGUGACCCCUAAGAGAGGAGGACCUGGGAGUGUGGUGCACUGGCACGUCGAGUAUGAGAAAAUUGACGACAAAGUGGCCCACCCUGAGACCUUUCUUGAUUUCUGUGUGGAAGUCUCCAAAGAGAUCGAUGAACAUCUCCUGAACGAGGAAUAGAGAGUACUCUUUAAUUGAGUAUCUAUCAUAUGUGUAUAUGUAUGUUAUGAAGCACGCAUGUUCUUGUGUAUGAUACAAUAAACAAGGAGAGUUGCCCAAUAUAUGUGAGUGAUACAUAAAAGCUUUGUACUCUAAAUGUGAGUAUGUCAUGUUUGGUUUUAAUAAAAGCUUGUGAGAUAUGUUUGUGG